AUGAUACGCCAUGUCGUGGGCCGCGGGAUCGUGACGGAGAAGAGCAGCAGCGCCAAGGCGGCGCCGACGCCCAUGAAGCCGACGAGCAUGAAGGGGUACCUCAUCCACUGCGUCGUGCCCCAGCAGGCCGGCGACUACACCGAGUACGCGGUCGUCGUCGAGGACAGCCGCGGCCGCAGCCUCUGGGAGGUCAAGCGCCGCUACUCGGUCGUCGCCGACCUGCGCGACAACCUCGACGACGUCUUUGACGCGCCCCACUGCCACUACUGCAAGGGCCUCGCGGCCAAGCUGCGCGCGCUCCCGUUCCCGGCCAAGAAGCUCUUCCACACCGACGACGUGCUCUCGCAGCGCGCGAUCGACCUCCACGCGUACAUGGAGGCGCUCCUCAAGAUCGGCGCCAACCCGCUCUACCGCAACUGCACGCUCGUGGCGACGCAGGCGCACUGGCUCCUCCAGCGCUUCUUCACGAGCGGCCAAGUCCGCUACCUCAGCAUCACCCCCCGCGACCAGCGCGAAGGUCGCAUCCCGUGCCUCCUGCGCCAGCUCCAGCUCACCGAGCCACCUCUUCCCAAGAAGCACGGGUACUCCAAGUGCAGCCUCGCGCCGAUCCUCGAGCUCGCACCCCCCAUGGCCUGUUAA